UUGCAUUAUAUUCUUCAAAAUAGAAAUAGUAACACUGCCAUUUACGAUGCUUUUAAUUUACUCUUCUUUACUCAGCUUGAUCUAUCUUCUAAAGCCAGUGCACUUCAAUUGUUUAAAACUUACUUCAAGACAAUUACAGAGAAUACAACAUUCUCAGAUAUUUACGAUUUGAAUGGAUACAUUAUAACGCCCAAGACUAGAUUGCACUUCAAUGACGUAGAUUUUGCGAUAAGGGCUAACUUACCCAUUCUUAUUCAAGGUGAUACCUCUACUGGUAAAACCAGUAUGAUUUAUGCUCUGGCUAGUAAAUACGACAAAAGAGUAAUUAGAAUAAAUAACCACCGUCAAACAGAAAGUUCAGAUUAUAUAGGAAAUUACACAGCCAGCAGUGAGGGAAUAUAUUUCAGACCAGGUCCUUUGAUCACAGCUAUGAAGAAUGGGCACUGGAUUAUCCUUGAUGAAUUAAAUCUAGCAUCCAGUGAUGUGCUUGAAGUACUAAAUAGACUUUUAGAUGAUAAUAAAGAAUUAUACAUUCCUGAAAUUGAUGAAUGUGUAAUUCCUCAUUCUAAUUUUCGAUUGUUUGCUACUCAGAAUCUAAAUUAUGGUGGUAGGCACGGACUAGCUAAAAGUUUCAGAAAUAGGUUUAUUGAAAUAUUCUUUUAUGAAAAAGAUGAAAAUGAAAUGGCCGAAAUACUUGAAAGGUCGUGCAAACUUCCUAGAUCCUUCAUAAAGUAUAUUAUGCUUAUUUAUACUUCAUUAAAAGCUGAAAGGACUCUUAACAGUUUUAUAACCCUAAGAGACUUAUUUAAGUGGGCUAAGAGACAGCCAGGAGAUUAUUAUGAAUUAUACACAAUAGGUCUAGAGAUAAUUCUUGAAAGACAAAGAAAUAAAGAAGACAGAAAGAGGGUGCUUGAGGUAUUUAACGAUUCGUUUUCAGACAGAAUGCGAUUUGAAAAGAGGAAGUAUUAUGAUUUAUAUCAAAUUGAUUUGAAGAAUGCUAGCCUGAAUGAUAGUAUAAUUAAUAACAGCAACAAUUCGCUUAUUUUUACUAGAUCAUAUGUGAAGCUCAUUAAUCUCAUUUAUAAAGCUUGGAUUAAUUUGGAGCCUGUCCUUUUAAUUGGAGAAACAGGCAUUGGUAAAACUAGAGUUUGUGAGGUUGUUUCUUCUAUGCUUUGUCUAAACUUAAGAAGCAUAAAUUUAUACAGUGGUAUUGAGAGUUCUGAUUUUAUUGGUCAUCCUUAUUUUGAGAAAGGAAAGAUACAUUGGAUGGAUGGACCACUUGUAAAAGCUAUGAAUGAUGGAGAUGCAUUCUUGAUUGAUGAGAUCAAUUUAGCCGAGGAUUCUGUUCUUGAAAGAUUGAAUAGUGUACUUGAGGAUAAAAGAUAUUUGUUUAUACCUGAGAUAGAUAAGGAAGUGUAUGCUCACAGUAACUUUAGGAUAGUUGCUACAAUGAAUCCAAGUGGGGAUUUUGGAAAGAGAGAGCUAAGUCCAGCCUUGCGAAAUAGAUUUACUGAGAUAUAUUUUGAACUUGAGCCUGAUGAGUAUUAUGAAAUAUUUGACAAGUUUGUUGAGAAAGCAUGUUGUAUUACAAACAAAAAUGAUGAAAACAGCGUGAAUUUAAGAUACUUUAAGGACAGAUUUAGAAUGUUAAAGGAUAUGAGUGUUAGAAAGAUAGAAUUGUUAUGCUCGCAUAUUAGAAAUAUCUUAAUUAGAAAUAAUAACGUUGAGAGCAAUCAAACUGAAGAUAAUACGGUUGAGAAUAGUAAAAUGGGAAGAAUAAUCGAAUUAAAAGGGUUUAAUUCAGUAGAAGAAAUAUGGGAGGAUUGUUUAGAACUAAUAGGACAUAUGCCAUCUAUCGAUAGAUCAGUAAAUACUAAAGUAGAUGAUAAGCACUUAUUUGGUGUACAUCCAUACUACUUAAGAAUACACGCUAAUACUCUAUCAGAUACUAUGUAUUCAUUCAACUCUAUCACUUCUCAAUUAAAUUUGAAGAGGAUUCUUAGAGGAUUAACUACCAAUAAAGGAAUACUUCUUGAAGGUGAGCCGGGUGUGGGAAAGACCAGCAUUGUACAUCACAUUGCCAAGAUUCUUUCUAUUCCUAUCUUAAGAAUAAAUCUUAGCGAGCAGACUGAGAUGAGCGAUCUUCUUGGGUCUUAUAUUCCAGUGGGUGAUUCUAUUAGUUUUAUGGAAAGCCAUAUGGUAGAAUUUCUAAAAGAAGGAAGGUGGAUUAUUUUAGACGAAAUUAAUUUGUGUACACAGAGUGUAAUUGAAGGAUUGAAUUCUAUAUUAGAUCAUAGAAAGAAGAUUGAAGUAAACGGAAAAAUAGUAUACGUGCAUAGUAAUACAAGGAUAUUUGGAACAAUGAAUCCCUGGAAUAAAGAGAAUGGUAGAAAAAAAUUACCUAAGAGUUUUCUAGAUAGAUUUAUUGUGAUUAGGAUGAGUGGUUAUACAAUAGAAGACAUAAGAACAAUACUAAGCGGAAGAUAUGGGCCUUCAUAUUUAUUUGAUGAGAAGCUGAGUUUAAGAGGGAAUAUCAAAGCAAAUGAGUUAAACAAGAAUAGUAUGACUAGUACUAACAUUACUAAUGAAUGCUAUCCUAUAUCUUAUUCAUUUGAACCAAAAUCUAACUAUUUUGAUAUUAGCUUUGGUAGCAUUCUUUUAAAUAGUAAAAAUGUCCCCCAAUAA